GCGGCCAGGAAGAAGAGGGCGGAGAAGCCAUGAGCGCCCUGGCCACGUCGGCGCCCAACGCGUCCUGGGGGGCGCUGGCCAACGCCUCGGACGGCCCGGACCCCGAGCCGUGGCCCGUGGACGCCUGGCUCGUGCCGCUGUUCUUCGCCGCGCUGAUGCUGCUCGGCCUGGCAGGGAACUCUCUUGUCAUUUUCGUCAUCUGCCGCCACAAGCAGAUGCGGACGGUGACCAACUUUUACAUAGCCAACUUGGCGGCCACGGACGUGACCUUCCUGUUGUGCUGCGUGCCCUUCACGGCCUUGCUCUACCCGCUGCCCGCCUGGGUGCUGGGCGACUUCAUGUGCAAGUUCGUCAACUACAUGCAGCAGGUCUCGGUUCAGGCCACGUGCGCCACUCUGACCGCCAUGAGCGUGGACCGCUGGUACGUGACCGUGUUCCCACUGCGCGCCCUGCGCCGCCGCACGCCCCGCCUGGCUCUGGCCGUCAGCCUCGGCAUCUGGGUGGGCUCUGCGGCCGUGUCGGCGCCAGUGCUCCCUCUGCACCGCCUGUCGCCGGGGCCCCGCACCUACUGCAGUGAGGUCUUCCCAAGCCGCGCCCUCGAGCGCGCCUUCGCUCUCUACAACCUGCUGGCGCUCUACCUGCUGCCGCUGGCCGCCACCUGCGCCUGCUACGGGGCCAUGCUGCGCCACCUGGGCCGCACGGCCGUGCGCUCCGCGGCCGACAGCGCCCUGCAGGGGCAGCUGGGGGCAGAGCGAGCUGGCGCCGUGCGGGCCAGGGUCUCCAGGCUGGUGGCCGCCGUGGUCCUGCUCUUCGCGGCCUGCUGGGGCCCCAUCCAGCUGUUCCUGGUGCUGCAGGCGGUGGGCCCAGCGGGCGCCUGGCACCCCCGCAGCUACGCCGCUUACGCGCUCAAGAUCUGGGCACACUGCAUGUCCUACAGCAACUCGGCGCUGAAUCCGCUGCUCUACGCAUUCCUGGGCUCCCACUUCCGUCAGGCCUUCCUCCGGGUCUGCCCCUGCGCUCCCCGGCGGCCCCCGCAGCACCGGGGGUCUGGACCCUCAGACCCCACCGCCCCCCACACGGAGUUGCACCGCCUGGCCGCCCACCCGGCGACCGCCAGGACCCAGAGGCCAGGGAGCCGGGCGUGUGUCCCGAGGGAGCCCACCGGCUGUGUGUCCUGAGGGAACGCGCUGCCCCUCUCUGGGCCAACUCUGGGGGAUAGAGCUGGGCUCCUCUGGGACAGGGGCUGCUUGAACAGCAGCUGUUACUAUAUGGUUAUAAUUAAUGUCUUUAUUUCUGUGCAACAUAAUCACAGUGAAAACGUCUUGUCCUCCUGACGGUUCCGUACAAAUUUGCUGCUAUUGAUAUUGUAAUGAGUUAUUUCUGUAUUUCUGAAAUUGAAGACACUUGGAUACUGGCACUCUCUGGAGCUUUCCCCCAAAGCAUCAACAGACAGUUUUCACACACUGCCUUGCAAUGGUAACACUGUAAGCUUCAUCCCAUUUUCCAGAAAUAUUAAAAUGUGAACACUGUGUGCGCUUUAAAA